UCCCACUUCUCUUUUCUUCUCUCCAAACUUGAAAAAAAAAAGUAUGGCUUUAACACUACGUUCAUCAACUUCUUUUCUUAAUCUUAAGGAGACCAUAGGCUUGAGAACACCGGAAGAGUUGUUUUCAGGCUCGGUUUGCUUUGCUCAAAUCAAGCCGAUGUGUCGUGUUAGAGCAAAGAAUUCAAUCCAAGCGGCUCAUCAAAUCUCUCAUGAAACUGUCUUCACAAGUGAGAAAAGAGUAGAGAAGCUCCAUGCAUUUUCUGCUCCUCAUGCUACCCAAAACGACACAAGAGUGCCUGUUUUUGUUAUGCUUCCAUUGGAUACAGUGGGUCAUGGUGGGCACAUGAACAAGGCAAGAGCCAUGAAUGCUAGUCUCAAGGCCAUGAAGAGUGCAGGAGUUGAAGGAAUCAUGGUUGAUGCUUGGUGGGGCUUGGUGGAGAAAGAUGGACCUCUUCAGUACAACUGGGAAGGCUAUGCUGAGAUUGUUCAGAUGGCUCAAAAGCAUGGCUUGAAGCUUCAAGUUGUUAUGUCGUUCCAUCAGUGCGGAGGAAAUGUUGGAGACUCAUGCAGUAUUCCUCUACCUCCAUGGGUGCUUGAAGAGAUCAGCAAGAACCCGGAUAUUGUUUACACAGACAGGUCAGGAAGGAGAAACCCAGAGUACAUAUCCUUAGGCUGUGAUGCAAUGCCUAUUCUCAGAGGAAGAACCCCAAUCCAGGUCUACUCAGAUUUCAUGAGGAGUUUCCGUGACAGAUUCAGUGAUUAUUUGGGCGAAGUUAUUGUGGAAGUUCAAGUAGGAAUGGGUCCUUGUGGGGAGCUCAGAUAUCCAUCUUAUCCAGAAAGCAAUGGUACUUGGAGGUUUCCUGGAAUAGGAGAAUUCCAAUGCUAUGACAAGUAUAUGAGAGCUUCCUUGCAAGCAUCAGCAUCGGCUAUUGGGAAGAUGGACUGGGGAAAAAGUGGACCACAUGAUUCUGCCAAGUACAGCCAGUUCCCUGAAGAAUCUGAGUUUUUCAGGAGAGAUGGAACUUGGAACACCGGUUACGGCCAGUUCUUUCUUGAAUGGUACUCCAAAAAACUGUUGGUUCAUGGUGAUGAUAUCCUGGCCGCCGCGCAAGGAGUAUUCCGAGGAACUGGAGCAAAACUAUCUGGGAAAAUAGCAGGGAUCCACUGGCAUUACAAUACAAGAUCUCACGCAGCUGAAUUGACUGCAGGAUACUACAACACCAGACAUCAGGAUGGUUACCUUCCAAUAGCACAGAUGUUUGGUAGACACGAUGCUGUGUUUAACUUCACCUGCAUGGAAAUGAAAGAUGGAGAACAACCUGGACAUGCAAAUUGCUCACCAGAAGGCUUAGUACGACAAGUAAAAAGGGCUACUAAAUUAGCAAGAGUUGAACUUGCAGGUGAGAAUGCAUUGGAAAGGUAUGAUCCCAGUGCAUUUGGACAAGUUGUGGACACAAGCAGGUCAGAUUCAGGUAAUGCCUUAUGCGCAUUUACAUAUCUUAGAAUGAACAAGAGAUUAUUUGAACCAGAGAACUGGAGGAACUUGGUGAACUUUGUAAGGAACAUGUCUGAAGGUGGUCGGAACAAAAGAAUUUGUGAGGAGUUUGACUUUACUGGAAGUGAGCUUUAUGUCGGGUAUGUCAAAGCCAACAGUGUCAACAAAGCAAAAGAGGCUGCUCUUGUGUAGAUUAUGUACAUGUGUUGGCUCAUAUUCAUGUAUAAUAGAGUGCAUCGGUUAGUGUAUUAUAUAUAAUAGAGAAGCAAAAAGCAUGAGGUACAGGGCAGAAAUAGUUGGGUAUGAGAUACAGAGCAGAAAUUCGAAAUUGUAUCUACAUUUAUUUUUACAAUAAUGGACAGCUUGUGUUCAUUCGAAAUUUCAAACCAGUAGCUCAGGAAAUUUCUUGGGAUUCCUAGAAGCAAUGCUGUUGUAAUAAAUAACAUUUUAUCUUGUCAAUAUAUAUUUAUUUUUUCA